AUGACUUCUUUCUAUCCGGCCACUGCUACCGCCAUCGCCCUGGCUUUGAUUCUCGUCUACACAAUCUGUUCACUGUCUACGUACGAUCCUACAUCCAUCUUCUUCAACGCGUCCAAUGCCUACAUCCCGCGAUACUCUGCUCUGAGGUACCGACAGGCCAUGGCGUACGUGUCGAGUUACAACUCUACAUCCAGCGCCGGUUUGUUGGGGGGCAAGGACUCCAACAAGAAACUAUGUAUUGGCAUACCCUCAGUCGCGCGCCAUGGCCCACAAUACCUACCUGGUGCCAUUGGGUCUCUGUUGGAAGGCCUGACGGUGGAUGAAAGGAGCGAAAUAUACCUCAUGGUGUUUAUACCACAUUCAGAUCCCAAAGCCCACCCAGCUUACGGAGAGACAUGGCUACCGAGGCUGACCGAUCGUGUACUCACAUACGAAGGGCUCAAUGCAAAAGAACUGGCCCACGUUCGCAAAAUGGAGGCCCAAGGAGGCACGUUCAAAGAGAAGGGACUGUACGAUUACUCAUAUCUGGUAUCCAAAUGUGCAGAGCUUAACACGCCGUAUAUUGCCGUUCUCGAAGACGACGUUCUCGCCAUGGACGGAUGGUAUCACCGCACCAUGAAUGCACUUUUAGAUGCUGAGGACCAGUCAACACAACGAUUCGGGAAGAAAUUCUUGUAUCUCCGCCUAUUCUACACGGAAGCUUUUCUAGGCUGGAACUCGGAAGAAUGGAAGACAUAUCUCUUCUAUUCGCUCUGCUUCUCUAGCAUGCCGGCAGCAGUUGUUUCUUUCUUGCGCGUUACAAAGUUUUUACCAAAGCCUCCGCUGCUACUCAAAACACACCUGCGGCCAUCAGAGGGGCGCAGUGGAUACAGCUUGCGUCGCCUAGUGGUCACAUUAUACGCCCUCAUGGCGGUAUUCAUCCUGCUCUUCUUCGCACUGGGGCGCAUGACUGUUCUACCUCUUCCAACCGGCGUUCAUGAAAUGCAGCGGUUCGGCUGCUGCAGUCAAGCUUUUGUCUUCCCCAGGCAGAAGGCUCUUGACCUAGUCUCAUACUUUGCGGAAGUGAAGACUGGCUACAUGGAUGUUUUGACGGAGCGCUAUGCCGAUGCGAGAGGUGAGCUGCGGUAUGCUAUCACGCCCAGCCUUUUCCAACAUGUUGGUAAAACGAGCAGCAAGAUGAGUUCUCAUGGGCCAAUCAUCAAGGGAAAGACGUGGAGCUUUGCCUUUGAAAGGUAUAAUGCAGACAAGUUGAGACAAGAGCACGAGGCGGUGGGAAUGUGGAAAGAUGGGUUGGACGAAGUAUGA